AUGGUUUACCAGGCAGUGUAUAUUACUGAUGCGGAGAAUAAGCUGGUGUUUCAGCAUUUGCUGAAUGCCAAGGCUCCUGAGUUCAGCAAGAUGUGGGUGAAGUUGUCAGCUAUGCAUCCUCAAUUGGUGGCACCACGUAAUUACCAGGACAACAUAUAUACAAUUGAGAGGGAUUCUGGUGGAGGAAGUGUUUCAAGCACUUCAGAGGAGGUAAUUGGGUCGUAUGGUACAGAUAAUACUAUUUACAAGUACAAGUCACAGCUGGCGGGGUCCGCGCUGACCUAUUGGUGCUUGCAUUCUAAUGACAGCAAUGUGUAUUACAUGGAGCCACUAUUUGCCAUGCAAGUAUUUGAGACGAGACUGCAUGAGUAUUUUGACAAAGAGGAACUAACUAUCACUAAGAUCACCAACAAUGCUGACCGAGUGUCGAUUAUCUGCAAUUAUAUUCUGAAUGGUGGAUAUUAUAAUGUAGCUGGCAUGUAUGAUAGUAGGAUUAAAGAGAUUGUACCGGAGAGGUCUGAUCUAUCCAAACUCAUAAGUAGUACUGCACACACGAUACAAAGUGCUGUUAACAAGCAACGAAAUACUCCCGGAUUUGGUAAUGGUAUGGGUCAAUCUAUGGGUAGCAAGGUUUCACACAUCGGAAGUACUUUGAAGGGAGAUGACUCUGUUGCUCCAUGGAGGAAUGGCAAGAACAUUCACAAUGAUCGGAAUGAGCUCUAUGCUGAUGUGCGAGAAGUUAUACAAGUGGUGUAUCAAAAGAAAUAUUCCAGUAAGAAGAAUGACAGUAGGCGCAAAAUAUUUGGAAGGCGAAGUGGUCACUUAGAAUAUGUACGUGGUAAUAUUAGUGGUAGUGUUGAUAUGAGGUGUUUUUUAACUGGGAACCCAUUGGUAGAGAUAGCGUUAAAGCAAGGUGGCCUAGACAUUGGUAUACCUGGUUUUCACGAUUGUGUUGACAAGACAAGUUUGUUGAAGCAAGAAAAGAUAUCAAAGUUGUCAUUUAUUCCGCCAGAUGGUAGGUUUACGCUAAUGCAGUAUAACAUCAAUCUCGAUCAGGGGAAGAGACACUCGGUAGGCUUAGUCCAUGCGGAUAUAGAGGACCAUCUAGGUACUUUGGGAGACGAAUUUGAGGUCACACUAAAUAUCUCUAGUUCUACAAGUGUGAAACAUAUAGAAGACAUGGAAGUGAUGUUAUACUUUGGGCUAUCUCACGGCAACCGGAAGAAAGACACGCAUCUAUCAUCGGAUGAGGAAGAGUUUUCUGUCGAGCAAUUCAGAAUUAAACCAUUGCAAAUCACGCAUGGUCGAUUAGAGAACAUGUCUUCAGGAGUACAUAAAAGAAGUAAGUGGGUGUUUGACAAGGAAGUGUCUACAGGUACCAUGCCCGUACUUCGAGGUUGUGUUGAGAGACAGCGCAGCGAUGAAGAUGUCAAGGACAGCAAGGGAAGCGACAGCACCGCUCAGAGAAUGUUGGUGUUGCAAAGUAUUAACAUCAGUUACAAGCAUACAGGCUCGAGCAAUGGCUUGCAAAUCGAAUCUAUCAACGUCGACACCUCUGCUGAUCUGCAACGAAACUUAUUCAAAGGUGUCAAAUACCACACAAUCGCCAAAGACUACCAAGUAAGAGUAUAA